CCUGCAUCAAAGUACGCAAGGCAAAUUAAAGAAUCUAGGCCGACCGGAUCGGAUGGAUCACCUCCAACAAAUAGCCAAAGCUUACUACCUAGCCGGCUCGUCGGAGCUCCAAGCCGGACUCCAAGAUUUGUUCUACAUCGUCGACACCAACGUAGACGGCCGCAUCGACAAAGACGAGUUUAUAAGCUUGUUGACCCAACAUAGCGUCGACAAAGACCGCGACAGGGACAACUGCCGGAUCCUCUUCAAUGAGCUGGACAUCGACGGUAACGGGACGUUAGAUUUCUGGGAAUUCAUGACGCUCCUUUAUAUUUAUGAGAGCAAGAGGCCCAGCUGUGAUGGGUGCGGGAAAUUCAUUCCGGCCACGUAUUUCACCUGCGUUGAUUGCCAUGCCGACCUUCAUACGCAGUUUAAUCUGUGCAUUGGUUGUUAUGAGAAUCGGAGGUCCUCUGGGCAUAAACACCGAGGGAAGCCUGCCGUAUUCUUGGAUAAUUAUACUCUAUUGGACGCUAAGAGAAGUUCAAGCUUGAAUAAUACCAACAACACAUCUCAAGCUUCCACUUCUACAGAUGUUGGGUCGUUGGCCCCUGCUGCGACUCCUCCAAACAACAACACUAGCACUGCCGUUGUUCGACCAUCUAAUAAAUAUGAGAGAUGGAGUGUUGUCCUCCAAGCAGUACAGGUUGCAUUUGCCAUGGGGAAUGCAUGCACCAUCAUGUAAUCAACGUCAAAACCUCUAUGGAUUUAUGUAUUACUAAAAUUAAUAUUUAAUUUACAUAUUUAUAAGUUCUACUUCUUUAAAUAGUGCAAUUCUUUCUCCAGAUAUUGUGAGAAGUAAUUGUAAGGUUGAUAUUUCUAUUUCAUUUUCACUUCGCUUGCUUUUGUAUUAUCACUUUGCUUGCUUUUGUUGAUUAUCA